GAGCAAACAUGAUGCGAAAAAACAACCCUGAAAAAAAAAAGAGUCAACGUUGCAGGACCUUUACAAACGCUCAUUUUGAUGAGGCCUCACUUAAUGCUUUCCAUUUUCGCUCUUCUUCGAUGAAUGGCUUCGCCCCAGUUGCCGCCCACUCAAAAGAGGGAACAUAAAAGUAUCCCCAAAUGGAUGCAAAAAAAAAAAAAAUUCCCUUUAACGCGUCAAACAAAACAUUCCUACUUCAUCGCAGCAGACGGAAAAUUCCAACGCAACAUUAAGAAAAUAAAAAUAAAUGAAAAAAACUCAUUGAACGUCCUGUAUGCAUAUUUUCCACAUUAACAUAAAUAAAAAGACAUUUUUUCUUUCAUCCCCAGGAGGGUUUUCCCCCCGCGCUUCAUCAUGAAUUACGACUCCGGCGUUUCGUAAAAUUUGCCCACUUUGUAACUCACGUGUGGCAUGCCAAAUGGAAAUCUUUCCGCGAACUAAAGUUCCAACAUGUUCGUGUACAUUCGCGUCCAACUCGUCCGCCGCGUAAGCAGCUAAGGGGUUUUUUUUUUGCACCUUCCCACAAGCAGACAUACACAUGCACAUAUAAAUACAUAUGCUUAUGCGCUCCACCAUCACCCCUCCAUAUACAUCGUGUACUCGCCUCACCGAAUAACCGCGUGCGCAAAAUGAGCAAAUAUAAAGGCUCCCUACUUACAGUACUGAUAAGCAGCACCGUCGGGUGGAACUUGAACAGGCUAUAUCGGCAAAACGAGUUGAGUGCACAGGGGGUUAGGAAUAACCAUGACGUAAUCGUAGUUAGGCAAGUAAACAUUUCUGAUAAGAAGAACCCACACAGUCACCUCCACAUCGAAAACAAUACGAGCACUAAUGGGAACCCCCAGUCAGCCAUUUUAAACGAAAAGGAGCUACUAAACUUGGUGCAGCACUUUAACGAUAUCAAUAAGAAACACAAAGGAUUCUGCGAAACGAGCAUCUUUAAAAAUUCCACCUUCUCAAAAACGGACAAUGAAAACAGCGGUGAGGACAGUUUCAACACCUACUUGAUAAUAGACAAAUGGAAAACAAAAAACGAAUUUGAAAAAUCCAAAAAGGACUUUGAAAUUUUGUUUGCACAGAAAAAUCAUAUUUAUGAUAAAAAAAUGGAGGAUGUUUAUCUGAACUAUGAAAUGUAUAAUAAUAACUACGAAACUGCCUCGGCACAAAAUAUUUUCCAGAAAUUGUACUACUUCAUUUUUGACUAG